AUGCAAGACGAUGCCAGCAGCUCAUCGUCGGAGGUUCCUUCGAAGCGCCGCCGACGCUUGCCGCUGCCUGCAUGUGUGGCAGAGCUCUUUGGGAACACAUGCCAGGAUGACGAUGCUUUGGUGCUUGUGAACCCGGUCGUUGUGCGCGUGGUGCUAGGCCCAAAGCUUCGACUGCGGGUGUUGGAGGCAUCGCCUGCUUGCCAGGAAGCCGUCAUCGAGCAGGCAGUAAAGCAUGCUGAGGCGGACAGGCCUGCCAACUGCACCGAAAUGCCGAAGCUGGACAACGAACAUCGCAGUCUGCAUGAACCCAAGUGCAAGGUCCUGGCCCAAGCGAUUGCCUCCUACGUUGAAGCAGUCUCCACCGGCUGCAGCCUUCUGGAGCUCGGCGCUGGCUGUGGAAUGGUUUCGCUCACGGCGGCACGUUUGGGCUUCGACGUGCUGGCCACCGAUUUCAGGUCAUCACCGCUGCGCUUGGUGGCUGCAUCCGCAAGGCAACAGGGUCUCAGCACACGGGUCCGCACGAGUCUGCUGGACAUUUGCGACUUCUCCACGCCAUUGCCGCCUGCGCGAAUUAUCGUGGCUGCAGACGUCCUCUACGAUGCCCAGACGGCAGAGGCCAUGGCAAGACGUGUGGCCGAAGCUCACCUGCGCGGUAGUGUCGUUCUUUUGGCGGAUGUGGGUCGUCCAAACCGCAGCAGGUUCUUAAGUCAAUUGCGGCAGCUUCUUCCAAGUUUGGCGAGCCGGCUGCCAGGAUUCGACUUCCCCGUUGCAGGGCUGGCUGUGCAAGAGACGGAUGGCGUGAAGGUGGACAAUCGUCGCGUGCCUGUUCAGCUGCUGGAGCUCCCCUUCGACGGUCCAGCCUCCAAAGCGGUGCGUGUGGAAGUUCCUGCGCGGGGCGCAGAUUCGCAGAUGCAGAUUUGUCCGUGGUUUCGAUAA